AUGGCGUCGCGGCGCGAGAAUCGGAUGGCAGCUGCGCAGAACGAUGCGCUCAUGGAGUUUGAGAAUUUCAAGAAGAAAUAUCUGCUCGUGAACAAGCAUGUUACCAAACUCAACUCGACGCUGUCCGUCCGGGUCGAAGAGCUCAAUGACCAGCUCGCCAUGCUCCAGCUUGAAAAUAUCCGCCUCCGUAGCGCCAACAUUAGCUUGUCGGCCCAGUUGAAGCGAGAAAGGCAGCUAAAGGGGCGAGGCUCGGAUCCCAAGACCGUAGCCUUAAUUGAUGCGGCAACGACCGAAGCAUUGCGACAAUUGACAGCGAUCAGAAACGCCCUCGUCAAUGGCAAUAGCGGCCAACAAUCACCUCCCACACGCUCUAUCCCAACACCUCCUUCAACAAGCCCCGCGGCACGUAUUGUGGGGCCUGUACAUCCCGGUCAGAAUACCCGUAUCCCUGUGGCGCGAGCUCCUGAAUUUCCACCGCUCGUUGAAAGCUCUGAAUCGGCUCGUAGCGCUAAGAGUAGGAGACGUAGUUCAGGAGGCAUGACGACAGAUGAAGAAGACGCCGAAGCGGAACCUCGGAUUACUAAGAGGACUAGUCACGGAAUACCCACGCCCUCAUACCUGGAAUCUGAAUCGGAGGCUGAACUUGAGUCUAAAGGUCGCCGACGGGCUGGAAGGCAGUCUGCGCUCUUGGCUCGAAAUUCGGUGGUAGAAGAGGAUACGGCCAGAGACAAGAGUCCCGUUGAGCUAACUGUGGAGGUACCUGUCAAGACAAAGUUCAAAUCUACUCCCGCCGUCACAGAAUCUAAACGUAGCAAGCGAAAAUUGGUCGAGAGUGAACCAGACGAUGCGAUCAAGUCCGUUGGAGUCAUAGUUGAUCUUCCUGACGAAGAGGAGGAUUUCAAACCUCAGCACACACGUCCCCGGGCAGUGAACAAGCUGCAGGAUGUGACAAACUCUCCAAGGAAGACUGUUGGAAGGGCUAGAGAAAAGGGGAAAAUCGUCGAGGAUGAUGAUGAGGAACCUGUCAUGAUAGGUGCAUAUAUGGGCACUCCUGCUAUCAACAAGACACAAUUACCCGAGCACGACCGUUUAUACCCACUGUGGCUCCGCCCUCAGGUCGUCUCACUCCAACGGCGUGAACGACGAGCAAGGAAGAGCGUUAAUUAUGCGGAACCCAAACUUAAUACUAAAAUGCGCAAACCGGCACCCGAUGCCACCUCCUACGGCCGCUUCUCCCUUCCUACCUCUAAACCUCGCAUCUCAACUUCCAUCCCACGAGAAUCUUCACCCCCUCCUGAAUCGCCAAUGCCCCCACUUCUCGACCCUGAGACCAAAGUUGAUGAUGGAGUGACAGUCCGAGCUAGACGACGAAGACCUACUAGCAGUGUUAUUACGGAUGACGACGAUGGCGCGGAGGGAUUAGAUGCAGAUGAUGAUUUAUCCCUGGUCUUGUGA